AUGUCGGACGGAAAGGACAAGAGCGCAAACCCCAUGCGCGAGCUGCGCAUCCAGAAGCUCGUGCUGAACAUCUCUGUCGGCGAGUCUGGUGACAGACUUACCCGUGCCGCCAAGGUGCUGGAGCAGCUGAGUGGUCAGACCCCCGUCUACUCCAAGGCCCGCUACACCGUCCGUACCUUCGGUAUCCGUCGUAACGAGAAGAUCUCCGUUCACGUCACCGUCCGUGGCCCCAAGGCCGAGGAGAUUCUCGAGCGUGGCCUCAAGGUCAAGGAGUACGAGCUCCGCAAGCGCAACUUCUCCGAGACCGGUAACUUCGGAUUCGGUAUCUCCGAGCACAUCGAUCUUGGUAUCAAGUACGACCCCGGUAUCGGUAUCUACGGCAUGGACUUCUACUGCUGCAUGACCCGCCCCGGUGAGCGUGUUGCCAAGCGUCGCCGCUGCAAGGCCUCCAUCGGUGUCAACCACAAGAUCAACAGCACCGAGACCAUGAAGUGGUUCAAGAACCGCUUCGACGGUAUCAUCCGGUAA